GGGCGGCGUGGCGGGGACCCGGCGAAGAUGGCGGCCUCCGUCUGGGCGCGCGCGGCCCUGCUGCUGCUCUGCGCCUCCGACCUGCUGUUGCUGCCGCCGCGCGGGGCGUGCGCGGGCGAGGGCCCGGCCGGGACGCCUGACGAGGCUGCCCCCCCGCCCCGGAAGAAGAAGAAGGACAUUCGCGACUACAAUGACGCGGACAUGGCGCGGCUUCUGGAACAGUGGGAGAAAGAUGACGACAUAGAAGAAGGAGAUCUUCCAGAGCACAAGAGACCCCCUGCGCCCGUCGACUUCUCGAAGAUAGACCCGGGCAAGCCUGAGAGCAUACUGAAAAUGACCAAAAAGGGGAAGACGCUCAUGAUGUUUGUCACCGUGUCGGGGAGCCCCACUGAGAAGGAGACAGAGGAGAUCACAAGCCUCUGGCAGGGCAGUCUGUUCAAUGCCAACUACGACGUCCAGAGGUUCAUCGUGGGAUCAGACCGCGCCAUCUUCAUGCUGCGUGAUGGGAGCUACGCCUGGGAGAUCAAGGACUUUUUGGUCAGUCAAGACAGGUGUGCUGAUGUCACUCUGGAGGGACAGGUAUAUCCUGGCAAAGGAGGAGGAAGCAAAGAGAAAAAUAAAACAAAGCAAGACAAGGGCAAAAAGAAGAAGGAAGGAGAUCCGAAACCUCGGACUUCCAAGGAAGACAAUCGAGCUGGGAGCAGAAGGGAGGACCUGUGAUGGGGCAGCGUGGCGCUCUGCAGAGGGACACACGGACACGGAGCCCCUUGCCGGGCUCGGGCGGGGGUGGGCACGGGAAACCACACACCGAAUGACAUUCUAGUUUCUUCUAGAAAUGGUCUGUCUCAUUGUCAGUAUGAGAAUCACUAUUUAACAGUCUUCAAAUAAGAAGACAGAGGUUUUCUAAUUAGCAAUGUCGGACACUGACAAAUUCAUGUUUACUGUGGAAACACCUUACGUGGACUGGACCGGGUUGCUUUUUCCCAUUGAAACUUGGCGAGUCAUUGACUCUACUGAGGUUCCACGCCCUGACUGGGGGCCUGCUGUGUUCGUGCUUUUUACUUUCUGUUAACUAAAAGGAUAGCAGAUUCUAAUCAGACAAGUUUUUAAAACUGCUAAUUGAAUCAGACUCUUCUGCCACAAACACCAUUUUCAUUGCUAUGGAGGUAGGACAUGCCGUGGUAGCCCUGCAGCGAGCUCUGAUACCUAAAUAUAUAUAUAUAACCAGGAAGCCAGGGUGUGUAAAUCCAAAAUCUCUGCAGGCAGAGCAGAACAGAAAAUAAUGUCGCUUGGAAAUCUGAGCAGUUAACUUCGAACAUCUUUGACUUGAAUUGCACUCAUCAGCUGAAGAGAACUUUUCGUGCGCCUGUCAGGUUUUAUGUGGUCAAUAAAACCUGUUUUCGUUUCCUUAUUUAGGAACGAGUAAUGCUGGUGUCGGGGGUUCAUAAGUUCCAUUUAACGUGACCGUUUGAGCGUAUGUGGAGAAUCAGCUCUGGCCCUGCAGGGUGUGGCAGAAGACGUGAUAACCUCAUUAAUUUCUAAGCAUUUUUCUUUCUUGACAAAGUGCCUAAAUUUGUGGUGUUCUGUAUGGUCCUAACAUGAUGUGCUACUAUUAACGUCUGAUUUCGCUGUUCAUGUGUUGGAGCCUACUCUGAACGAGAGAACAUUUAUAUACAGGUGUCAUUUUUAAGAACUAAAAUUCUUUGGAAAAAACUCAAUUGUGAUUUUAAGAAAUUAAAAACAGCAC